GUGCCUGGCUGGGACUAGUCUGGGGCAUGGAAUUGAUGUCAUUCUGCACAGGCGAAAAAGACGUGUCGGAUGCCCUGGAUAGGCUUCCACGAUGGGCAUAGCGUGUCGUUGGAUUGGGGUACAGUAGUUGAUAAUGGGGACUCAUUAUUGGGGAGACGCCGGUGGCAGACCCCGGAAAAUGAUUACCUCGGGCCAGCACCCGCCGAUGGUCGUCUAUGAGAAGAGAAGGGCCAUACCCGAGGAUUAAUGGAUUAAUGUCGAUUUCGACUUGGUGGUUACUGGCUUCGCUAAGACUCGUAACCAAGUAUAUAGCUUUGCUUCCAAUCACUUAGGUCGGUCCCUGACAUCCAGCAUUCUCGUAAUCCAUACAAUGGCUCAACAGGUGGAGGGCAAGACAGCUAUUGUCACCGGCGCUGGUUCAGGAAUUAAUUUGGAGUUUGCCCGGCUCUUACUUCAAGAUGGAGCCAACGUGGUGUUCGCCGACCUUGCACUACGGCCAGAGGCAGAAACCCUGGUCAGGCAACACCAGAAGAAAGCCGUCUUUCAGAAAACCGACGUAACGUCCUGGGAGGACCUCAAUAACAUGUUCAAGGCUGCCGUGGACCAUUUCGGUUCGAUUGACAUCGUUUGUCCUGGGGCAGGCGUAUUCGAACCACACUGGAGUAACUUCUGGUACCCUCCUGGCUCGGAACAGUCCAAGGACGACCCUCUCAGCGGACGCUAUAAGCUACUGGACAUCAACUUGACGCAUCCUAUCCGGGUAACUCAAAUGGCCAUCUCGCACUUUCUCGCGGCAUCACCACCGUCUAGCGCGUCAAAUCCGAAGUCAAUCGUCCAUAUCGCGAGUGUUGCUGGACAAGGAGCCUCGUUCCCGUUUCCCCUUUACCAUGCAUCAAAGCACGGCGUUCAAGCAUUGGUCAGGUGUAUGGCGAAUCUAGAAAGUCUCCACGGUAUUCGAGUAACUUGUGUCGAGCCCGGGCUGGUCAAGACGCCGUUGUGGACUGAUCAUCCGGAAAAACUCAAGAUCGUCAAGGAGGAGCAGGAUGUAUGGGUUACGCCGGAAGAAGUUGCUGAAGUCAUGCUUGCGUGCGUCAAGGACAAUGAGAUCCCGGCCGGCAAGAAUAGUGGAGAGCGGGAAGGCGCGACUGUUCCGAUCAAGGGAGGAUCGUGUAUUGAAGUGCUGGCGGGUGCGUUGAGAGACGUACCCAUGUUCAACAAUGUUGGACCGUAUGCCACGCCGAGACCAGGGAACAAUGCCAGCGACGCUCAGAAGAUUGUUGACGAGAUUGAAGGAGUAUUGAAGCCUGGAUGGGGACAAAUAUGAGGAGGGACAUUGUUUUCCACGGUGCUCGCGACUAGGCUGGCAAGUGCCGCCUCGCUUUACAGUGCCGAAUCCUUAGCUUGAGAGUUGGCAAGUCAACUCUGCAUCGAGGUGCUGGAAACAGGCCCUGCUCGACGUAGGGAGUUUGUUUCUCACAUUUUGCAUGACUUGAUACCUUUGGCUUCGUGGCCACUG